CUACCAAUGUAUCAUAUGAUGUGCUAGUCUCAAAUGUGCAAUGCUUUUAUUAUGCGACUACGAACAUGACACAACCCAUGCACGUCCGACGACUCUCUCACAGAAUGGUAUAUUACAACAGAAAUGUCUCUUCUGUCCAAAGAAGAGUUUCAAACAAAACAAAGAAAUAAGAUAAAAAAGAAAGCACAACGCCCUUGCUGUAUCCCCAGUCCGGUAUGGCCUUGCCACCCCUUGGCAGGCAGGCAUUAUUCACCGAGGAUACCGCAAAGCAGCCGUCCGUACGACAGCUCAGUCUUCCCCGACAAAGCCUAGCUUCUCACCCAUCUUGAUCCGUUGGCCCUUCUCAAUGGCCCAGUUCCAGCCGUCGGGUCGCUCUUUGUCCGGCCAGCCAGCAUCGAACGAUUUCCGACCGCCCAGGGGAGCCUCGAACACCAGCACCACCGUGCUGCCCAGCUGGAACCCGCCCAUCUCCUCACCGCGCCGCAGCGGGUGUCCACCCAGCGUGCGGCUGGCAUGGGCAUACGUAGCCUCGACGAAUCCGGGGUCGGUUUCGCCCCGCUCCGCCGCCCGGGCUGCAGCCAAAUCCGCCGCAGUGUCGGUCAGCAGGCUGUUGGUGCGCAGUUCCGAAUCAAAGUUGAUUUUGAUCGAGCCCACAUUGGUUGCGCCGACCGGAAUGUAACUGAAGAAGCCCCAACGCCAACGGCCAAGUAGGGCCACACGCUCGUUCAAGGUGAACAGUCCGGGCAGGGUGCGCUGCAGAUAGGGCGAGACAGAGUAGAGUUCACCUGCAAAGUGACGGCGGCUCUCCACCACCCAUUCGGUGGGGGAAUGGAAACGGUGAUAGUCACCGGGGGCCAAGUAAAUCACCACAUAGAACAAUGCGUGGUUGACGGCCUCCUUGGACGCAAACCAUGAAGUUCCCUCUCCGCGGGCCAGCUCUUCUUGGACUUGAACCUCGGACGUCGUCUUUGAGGGAGUGGAUGCAUCAAUCGAUGCCCGUCUCUUGGCUGGGGCACCCGAUUCACCGGACAGUAGCGAUGGUAGAGUGUAGGAAAUACCGUUCACGCUGGCAAAUUCCUCAUCGGCCUUCAUAUUCUCGACAUCCUUGUGGGUAUCUUUGAUCGCGGGGUCAGACAUGCGAUUGCUGUGGUCGGCAGUGACGGGCGUAGCUGCACCCAAAAGCGCAUCCAGACUGUAGGUCAUGCCCUUGACUUGUUCCACCUCACCCCGCUCGAUCAUACCAAAUUGGAGAAUGCGUCCAUCCGAGGGAGAUAUGAGUGCACGCGGGUCGGGGUCGAGAGGGCGGACGCCGGGCUUCAGCUUGCGAUAAAAGAAGGCGGCAAGGUUGGGGUAGACGUGAAGAUCGGGCUCAGCGACCUCGCUGAGGUUCACGCCGAAGACCCAUGAGUAGAGCUUGAAUCCAGGGACGCGGAAGUAGUAUGGCAAUUCGAUCUCGUUGAACCGACCCCAUAAACGCGAGAUGGCCUUCAGGGGCAGAGUCGACAUGACCUGGACCUGCCAGGGACCCGUCGGCACGACUCGAGGGCGUCGUGGUGGCCGCUUUCCAUUCUCCCAGGCAUCACCUGCCUCAUCCUGCGCAUUACGGUCACGUUCAGCACGCUGCGACUUGUAGAAGUGUAGUACCCCGAGCAGACCGAUUCCGAGACCGACGGGAAUCGGGUACCAUUCCACCUUGGUGUUCCUCAGCGCAAACCGCAGCCUCGAUCCAAACCCACCCCUUGCCUUUCCUUCAUGAUUGUUUUCUUUUUGGUAUUGUUUCCAUGAUUUGGACGAAAACUGGCGAACGCUGGCCUUGUGGCGGGCAGUUGCCCGAAACGAGAGGACCUCCAUCGACGUAGCAACCCCACUCACAGGGGCAGCAGCACGGCACUGGAGAAAUGUUGAGUGAUUGAGAAGGCGCUUGGCCAUCGUGCAAUUUAGUCCAUUAGAGCUCUACGGCGAGGGUAGUAGACCUCUUUGGAGCUUCUCAGGAGAACGUUUUUCGUCCGCCGAAUCAGGAAAUGCGUUUGAACCGACUGACCGCCUGGGGGACACCUGGCAGAAUGGCACGUGGAUGUGUUGCGAUUGAGCUGUCGCAAUCGCAUCAACUCGUUUAUUUCUCUUCGAGGGCUUUGUUUGCCAGGGUAGAGGUAUCUUUUGCUGAUUUCCGGCAUUUCCACAUACCUUUAGUGACCGUCACAACUAAUGCGCCAACGGGCGUCAACUGAUUUACACAGAGAUUGAACCCGGUCCGAGCAGGGAAGUUUCCGUCUGGACUUCUCUCUCUUUCCUGCGACCGUCGUAUUGCUGUUCUUCCCUCCGAGCCACCUCACCAACUCCAAGCAAUCGCGACUUGAUAUUCUCCACGUCGAGGAUACAACAACUAUCUUGUCUAUCAGCACCCGAACCGCAGAGUCGCUGCAGCCCAGCCACCGGAAUCUUAGUCUUCGAUCUCCUAAUUUUACACGUUUGGUCCCCGUCUCAUACGACACAGCUUGAACUCGAUCACUGCACACAUGGCUUCCCACGAGAUACCCGGUGCUGCUGCCGCUGCAACUAGUGGUGGGAAUGAUUCGAGUGUACGGACUGUCACCAUCCACAUACUGUCUCCUUCGCAUCCAGCUCCAAGUCGCUUCACAUUUCGGGACUUGCCAUUGGAAACCACUGUUGGAGAAUUGCGAGCACGCAUCACCCACUCCUUCCCGAAUCACCCUCCACCAUCAACUCAGAGGUUGAUUUAUCGAGGAAGGCCUUUGACGAAUAACAAUAAUACCAUGGCAGAUAUUUUUCGCUCCGUUGAGGAAACCGAGCACUCGAUACACAUGGUCUUGCCACCCCCUUCAGCGCCGGUGCCUGCUCACAAUAGUGCCUCUAUUUCCGGAGCUAUUAGCCACACGGAUAGAUUGAGUCAACUUUCGAAUUCCAUCGCGGCCAAUAGUACUGCCCUACCUCAGGGUGCGGGGGAUGGCCUACGAUUCCGCGGUCUACCAACGCCGACCACUAUACACGAGCGACACUUGGAGCAAGUUUCGAACAUCUUGAAUAGGGCCACAUCCGCCACGGCCCCAUUCUCAUCAUUGAACAUGAACAUGCCCAACCCAACCGAUUUUGGCGAGUACGAAGACUUGCGCAGGCAAGUUGGAAGCGUAGAGCAUAGCCUGGAUCACAGCUUCGUUCCUUCACACGAGACCUUGUACCAACUACGAUCGCGAACCGAGCAAUUACUACAGCGCCAUGGACACUUGCAGGGGUAUACUCCUCAUACCUCUAUCCAAGCAUUGCUGCAGCGUAUCAUUGCCCUUUAUCAGCGUGUUGAUAGUCUGCCCUCCAAUCGCGACGCACAUUCAGCAACGCCCGCGGACUCUUUCCAAUCACCGCUACAGGUCUUCCUGGCCACCGGACCAGAUGGUCGUCAGAGCUUGAUUAUGCCCAUAAACAGCGCGAAUGUGUUUCCACUGUCUACCCCCAUCCCACAGCCUGGAAGUACCCCUACAGUCCCCAUUGAGCAUCACAAUGUCCAUCACCCUGCCCCAGCAGGUCAAAACCCGGCAGCUAUGCAAGAUAUUGUCCGCCAGGCAGUCAUCAAUCAGCAGCGACGUCGUGAAGUCGAGAACGUUCCUGCGGGGCAAUAUCUGCGCCGAAUCUGGCUCUUCAUUCGACUGUACUUUUGUAUCUACAUGAUCAGCAGUUCUGGCACCUGGGCGCGUGUGUUCCUCGUCACCGGUGCAGUACUGAUCGCUCUGCUAUCAGAUACUGAAAUCCCUCGCCGGCUGCAAGGAAUGCUGGUUGAGCCCAUCCAGCGCCAUCUCGAAGGUCUCGCCAACAUAGGCGGCCCAGCAGAUCGAACCACACCGGCUGCUGGAGACCAAAAUGCCUCAACUGCUCAGGCCGGUGGUAAUGCUGAUAACACGAUUCGUGGUGAAUUAUGGAGCAGUGUUCGCCGUAUUGAACGAGCUAUCGUGUUACUGCUCGCAAGUCUUAUUCCGGGCAUUGGUGAACGGCAGGUAGAGGCACGGAACGCGGCCGAGGCAGAAGCUGAGCGUCUUCGUCAAGAGGGACAGCAGCGGCUACAGGAACAGCAGCGCCAAGAAGAGAAGAAACUAAAGUACCAUUAUGGAAACAAAAAUUUGACAACAUUGUCAGCGCCGCAGCGCCAAAUGUGGGCUUACCCGCUGCAUCAUUUUAUUUACAGUAUCUUGUCUAGCAUAACUAGCCGCAUCACUACCGUUCUACUCCGAAUUGGCUUAAACCGUCUUCUUGAGCCUGCGGUCUACUUUAAUUCGAACCACAGCUGCCAAGACCGUAGCGGCCGUUGCCAUCGAGCCAGCGUAGAAAAUAGCGGGUCUAUAUGCACCAACACCACCUUCUUGUCCACCAGACGCAUUGAGGAUAUAACCCGCAAUCGGUGCACCCUACCAAUAAACAAUCAAAUUAGUCAUGAGCAUCAUGGUAUAAGUUUAAAAAGACCCAAGAGAUUGUAACUCACCAAGAGAUAUCCGCCAAGCCACCCACUCACAAUCAUGC